AUGAAUAAUGAGUAUUUGAUGAAGAUUCGACAUGAGUGGCUUUUUGAGGACGUCUAAUUUCAUGAUCUCUAGGAGGAUGUGAAUGACCCUCUAAUACACUCAUUCUUGUCAAAAGUUGUUUCAAGGUAUCACGAAGAUCCUCAAAAUUUUUAUCUAUUUGAUUUUGAAAAGUAAUAAAAUCUGAUUUUAAGAUAAGAAAAACUUCAUGUGACUCAUUAUCACUAAUAUGAGCAGAUUUACCUCAUAACAGUUUUUUGAAGCUUGAUUAAAACAUUGACUUGCUCUAAUACCAACUAAUGCAGUAGUAACAUAGAAGAUAAACAAGAUAUGGGCUUGAAUCCACAAAACUCUAAUUUUGGAGAAGAAACCUCUAAAUCCACAGAUUCGGAGUCUUUAACUCUUGAAUCCACAAGAGAGUGUUUGAAUCCACAAGUAAGAGGGAGAGGUUCUCAUAGUGGAGAAAACUGAUUCAACUAAAAAGGUGUGUCCCUCUAGUUACAAUGAGGCUUUUAUAUAAGCCUAGAAAGGAGGUUUGGUGCUCCUCAAAAAGAAGAUCUUGACAAAUCUUAGGGAUAGAGUUUGACUAACUUUGAAAUGACUUAAAAUAGACUCUAAUAGAUGGAGAUGCUAGAUAAAUCUUCUUAAAAUACUUUGGCAUGACCUAAAGUAAACUCUGACAAUGAGAGACCCUAAGCAGAUCUUAGAUAUAGAAUCUGACAAUUAGAGAUCCUAAAUAGAUCUUAGAUACAGACUAAACCACAUUAAAGUCUCUUCUAGAAGGAAUGAGACAUAAAGUAUCUUCUAAAAGUGAAAGGACAUAAAGCGGGCCCAAAUUUAGACCUCCAGCCCACUGGUGACAUAUGUGGGCUUUUUUUUCUUGCACUUUUCACUUUAUGGCCCAAAUUCAAGAUAAUUGGGCCUAAAUUCAAAGUUGACACUUUAACUUGUGUCUUGGGCUACAUCAAUCAACCAUUGACCUUCCCUUGAGGAGCUUUGCAGCCAUCUUAGGUGGGGGCAAAACGGUUGGAAGAUCAUUCUUUGACUUUGAGAUCUCUUGGGCAUGAGAGGUUUUUGACUUUUUAAGAUGGGGUUGCAAUCGUUCAAGGGGUAUCGGAUCCUCUCGGCCCAAUAGAUGAUAGUAUUUGGUGGAUCCGUUGGGCUGAUCUGGUACCGGCCCAACGACGAGCGAAAUCAGAUCGUCUCGGAGAACAGAGGGAGGGAGGGAACGAGAGCUUGUCUAUGGUCGUCCUUAUUUCGUCGACGCGGAGGAGAGGAAGAGAAGGCAAUUGAGGAAAACGAAGAGGGCGAGAGGGUGGGUGGCAAGAUAUUCGGAGGGCCAGGUUGGAUCCGAGGGGGUGGCGUCGUGGAGAGGAGAAUGUACCGGAGGCUGCAGCUCCACCCAUCUUUCUGA